AUGAAAAGUUUUAUAAAUAUUACUCUUUCCUUAUUUUUGUUACAUUUAUAUAUUUAUAUAAAUAAUGUUGCUAGUAAAGAAAUUGCAAAAAAAUAUAAUUUUAACUUAAGAAAUGCAAUAUUGAAUAAUAAUUCUCAAAUAGAAAAUGAAGAAAAAAAUAUAAAAUAUGAAUUAAAUGAACAAAAUGAUGAAAAUGUAAAUACUACAAUUACUGGUAAUGAUUUUAGUGGUGGAGAAUUUAUUUGGCCUGGUUAUACGGAAGAAUUCAAAGCUAAAAAAGCUUCCGAAGAUGCUGAAAAAGUUAAAAAAGCUUCAGAAGAUGCUGAAAAAGCUGCUAAAGAUGCUGAAAACGCUUCAAAAGAGGCAGAAGAAGCUGCUCAAGAAGCAGUAAAAUUAAAGGAAUCCGAUGAAUCUUAUACAAAAGCAAAAGAAGCUUGUACAGCUGCUUCAAAGGCAAAGAAAGCUGUUGAAACUGCUUUAAAGGCAAAAGAUGAUGCUGAAAAAUAUUCAGAAGCUGAUAGUAUUUCUGAAAAAACAAAAGAAUAUGCUGAAAAAGCAAAAAAGGCAUAUGAAAAGGCAAAAAAUGCUUAUCAAAAAGCAAACCAAGCUGUUUUAAAAGCAAAAGAAGCUUCUAGUUAUAAUUAUAUUUUAGGUUGGGAAUUUGGAGGAGGCGUUCCAGAACACAAAAAAGAAGAAAAUAUGUUAUCACAUUUAUAUGUUUCUUCAAAGGAUAAGGAAAAUAUAUCUAAGGAAAAUGAUGAUGUAUUAGA